AUGAAUCCUUAAAAGUCUUCAAAAUUAAGAGAAAAGUUUAGAACCAUUCAUUACAUAUUUUACAUAGAAUAUGAAAGAUUAGAAUUUCUCUUUAAUUACCCUAUUAAUCUCCUUAAUAUGGAAUUCGUAAAUAGAGAAGAGAGUAAAAAGAAAUAGAGCAUAGUUGUCAUGGAUUUAGAUGAGUUAGAAAAAAGAUUAAGUAAAGGCUACAGAGUUUAUAAAAAAAUAAGAACAACUUUAAAUUUAAAGGAUGAGUGGGAUUUUAUAAAACUGAAAAUUCUUUUCAUGAGAUAAUACUCUUAGUUGUUUAUGGAUGACUUCAAACCUGAUUUAGGAUAUUUUUACUUACAGAAAGCAGAUGACUAUGUAGAAAAAAGAAAAAAGAUAAAUAGAAGUGCGUAAGAAGAUGAUGUUAACUUCUACAAAUAUUUAGUGGAAAUAGAUAGAUCUAACUACUAUAUUUUGACAAAUUAAUACAAUUUAUUAUUAUAAUAAUGCGAAACUUAUAUAGAAUGCGCAUCAAAAUUAGAAGAGUAUAAAAAAAAACCAAUUAAUGUUUUAGUUCCAUUUAGGAUUUAUGUUGGGUGUGGAAUGAUUUACGAAUUUUUCAAUUAAGACAACGAUCUAGUUGUCAAUUCAUUCCUCAGAGGUGUUUAAAUUAUAGAAAAAAAUAUUGAUGAUGUUGGGCGAUAUUUCCUUCAAAAUGAUCUGCUUAUUUAUGUCUAGGCAUAUGUUAAAAUAGUAAAAUGCAAAUUAAGGCUUAGAGAUUAUGAAAAUGCAGAAUUAUGGGCUCGCUCAAUUUUAAAUUUUAUAGAAACAAAUUAUUACUUGUUGCGUUUAGAGGCUGAUUCCAAAGUAGUAAAAAAAAUUAAAAAAUUGCAUAGUACAGCAUUGAAAGAAUUGAUUGCUGUCAUAAUUUAAAAGUCUGAGAAUAAAAAAAAAUAAGAUUAGCAGCAACAAUAGUAAAAAGAAGAGUCUUAAAAUUCUCCAGACGAACCUUCUUAGAUAUCAUAAAUAGCACUAGUAAGUCCUCUGCCCUUAUCUUCAUAGGUUUCAGCUAAUAUUGCAGAAAAAUUUAGGAUAAUUAAAUUAUAAAACGGGGCAAGUACAAAUAGAAAUUAUAAUAGCCCUGUAAACUAUUAAUAAGGUGGUGAUACAUUCAGAAAAAAGGUAGAUUAGUAUGGUAAAUCUAAAUUUGAAAUAAUGGUAAAAGAUGAAGAUGGUACAGUAGUUUCAUAGAGAUCCCCUAAAGACACUUUUUCAUCAAAAAUAGAAGUCCCUUAAAUAAAUUUUGAAGGGUUUGAAAAAGUUGCAGAAUAAGCAGGAUAGAAUAUUGAAGCUAUAUCAAAUUAAGAGAAGAUAGAAGAUAAUCUUUAAAACUAAGACCCUACAACUAAAAACUCAGGAUACAGUUAAGUAGAUGAGUUUAAAAAAUCAAUAUAAUCUAGAGAUGAAAAAGAUAAUGUUGCAUAAAAGGAUCCUGAAACUCAGAGAAACAUCGAAAUUAUUCCUAAAGGAGAUAAACAAAAUAUAGAAAAUGGAGAUAUAAACAGUGAUAUGAAAAUGAGAGAAAAAUAGCAGCAAGCUUUUUUAAAGAACUUAGCAUAGAGGCUUGUAGAUGAAACAAAACCUAGAAAUUCAACAAAUUUAAAACCUAUAUCUCAAAUUAAAUAGGAAAUAGAUGAUAAUUAGGAUGGAAUGGAUCUAAUUUAAAUCAAUUCUUAAUUCUUUGAUUAAAAUAAGUUUUUCAAUCUUCCUAAAUAAUUUCCUACAACUAUUCAAAAUUUUGAUAAUGGCUUGGAAAUAUAAGAAAGCAAAGAAGAGUUAAAAUAAGAUUUAGAGGAAAUAAAUCAAGAUAAAUAAGAAAAAAUUAUUUCAAUUAAAAAAAUAACUUCCUAAGUAACAGAAUCUGAAGAAUCAAACAGCAGCAAAGAAGAUAUAUCAUCUCCUCGAUCAAGGAGUAACAGUAUGUAAUCGAAUCGAUCGAAUAAUGAAUCUUAAACUUCAAUUAGAAGAUAUUCUAGGAUGAGCAUAAAAUCUUUGUAAAACAUAGAAGCAGGAGGCUCAGAAAAAAAAAUUAGCUCAUACACAAUAAUGACAGGUUAAAAAAAACGUAACUCUUUUCUAGAAGUUCCUAAUACUAACUACUCUGAAACUCAAGAUAAGAGCUUAUCUAAUACAAAAAAUUUUAAUUUCGCAUACUAAGAGCAUUCGUAAAGUAAAAUAAGUUCAAAUAGAAUGAUUCAUCUUAUACCAGAGAAUUAAAGUGAAGAUGACUCUCCAAUUAAGAAACUGCAAAAUCAAAAGUAAGGCUCACUAAACCACAUUAAAUUUGAGUCACCUAAAGAAAAAAAAUCUGAAAACAAAAGCAACUAUUAGCAAGGAAAUUCACUUAAGAGUAUUCCUAUAACUCCAACUUCUUUAGUUGACUGCUUUGAGAGCCCAAAAUCAAAUUUAUAUCUUCAAUCAAGUAAGCAAAUAGAUAUUACACAUUUUGCAAUAGAAUUAGAUAAAAAUGGGCCAUUACCAACAGACUUUUCUAAUUAAAAAUAAUCUCCUAAGUAAGAUGCAGAAGAUUUAAACAAUAAUAAUUUAAGCAGGAUAACUAAGAUUAAUAGAUCAGAAAUUAUUGACACAACAAUAAAUUCUGAGAGAAAGUAAAAUAAAAAGUAACCAUCAUUUACAGAUUUAAAUGAGUCUUAAAAUAAAUCAAUUACCAAUAACUUUUAAACAUAAAAAAUAUCUUCAUUCAACCAUAUUGAAUAAAUCCCUGAGGCUUUUGAAGAUGACUCUCCUCAUAAAUUUACAAAAUCAAGAGAUCCUACUCCUUAAUACUUUUAUUAAAUAAAAUUAUCAACUCAAUAAUCUGCUUUAAAUGAAAAUAUUAAAAUUGAAAGCAAUAAAGACAUCACAAUAGACAAAGAAACUCAAAAUACUUAAUAAAGGGAGCAAACUCCAGCAAUAUAAAAUAAUAAAGAUGAGUAAAAAAAUAAUUAGAUUUUAGCUUAAGAUAGCCCUUAAAGAUUUUAAGAGACAUAAAUUUAAGAAAAAACAGAAUAAAUAAAUAGUUAAGACUCCAUUAAUAAAGGCUAAGGUGGAGUAUAAAAUUAAUAAUAAAUUUUGGCAUUUAAAGAUUAGAAAAGACCUUCAUUAUUGGUAACUAAAUCUUCAUACUAAUCUCCAUUUAUUACUCCUAAUGCAAUUAUUUCACCUUAGCUUUAAAAUUAAAUAAAAGCAUCAUAUUCUGCUUCUUCUUCAUUUAAUCCUUCACCUGAGUUACACUCUCCUAACUCAGUAGGAGAUAUUAAGAUUGAUUUUACAAAAGUAUAAAGUAUUAAUUAAACUGAUAGAGACUAUACUAAUAAAUUAUCAGAUAGUAAAAAUUAGACUGAUUCCUAGAAAGAUGAAACCUAGCCUGCAAGCAAUAGAUUUAAUAGAUUAACUAAAGAGUUUAAUAAGCAAUUAUCAAGUGAAAGUAAUGAAUAUUUUGCUAGACAUAGAAAUUCGUUUUCAAUAUAACUUUCAGAAAAUAAUUAUACUUAAAAUAGCUUACAAAAAUUUCCUUAUUCUUCAGAUAAUUAAACACCAGCUAAUCAUUUCUUGGGUUGUUCAAACUACAUUAUAAAUAAUGGCAAUAAUAUUCAAACCCAAGGCUAAAACAAUUUAUUGAUGCCAUAAACAAGUAAUUAAACUAGAAAAAAAUCUAUCUUUUCUGAUUUAAAAGAGCAGUAGGAAUUGUAAAAUAAAUUAGAAAAAAUACAACUUGAAGUAGAAAAAAUUGAUACCGACAGAAGUAGUGUUAAAGCAUUCACUCCAAAGAGGAGUAAGUAUGGUCUUUUUUCAGAUAAGGAUUAAAAAUAAACAGAACAGAACAACAAAUUUAAAGAAUAUCUUACAAAAACUGAAAGUAGAGCUAAGUAAGGAAAAUAGUGGUAUGGUGGAAAUUUAAAUAUAUUCUUUAAGAAUGAGGGUUUACAAAAUAAUACUAAACAGUAGCCAGUACAAGUGCAGUAAUCUCCUUAAAAAAAGAUAGAAUAUCCUCAGAUAAGAAUAAAAUCAGGUUCAAAGAGCAUAUCUAAAUUAGAUGAAAGUGAAUAAAGUAUUUUCCAAUUUUAAUAAAAGAAGAUCGAUUUAGCAGAGUAAUCUUUCAAAUUAAAUCUUGAUUACAGACCAAGCAUUAUAACUCCUUCCAACAAUAUUCUUACACCAUUUUUAGGUUAAAAUGAUAAUUAAAAAGAUAUAAAAUCCUUUACUUAGGGUAUAAAUUACUAAAAUACCAACUAAGUUUAUCUAACUCCUGAUAAUUCUAAUUAGCUUAAUAAAAAUUUAAUUAAGUAGGAAUAAAAGGCUAUGGUUGGAUUAGUUUAAACAAACUAAACUAAGAUCGAAAUUCCUUCAAUUAAUUUAUAAAUACCAGAAAUCUAAGGAGAAAAAAUGUAAAUUUAAUAAAAGAGCAAUCUUGAAGACUAGCUUUAAGCUGAACCUCCUAUGAUUAUAUUUUAAAACAAAAUUAGUGAUUAAUCUGCAAACCCAAAUUUAAACCAUAGAAGAUUCUCAAGUAGAGACUAAUCAACAUUCAAGUAAAUUAUUUAAGCUAAAGCAAGGAGCAGCAUGGUAAAUUUAGAUGAUCUUUAAAAAUAAAUAAUUAUAUAAACCGACCGUAAUCAACUUUCUAUAAAUACACAACAAAAUUAAACCAAGAAAAACUUUUUUUCUUAGCAAAUUUCACCAGUUUCUCUUCGUUAAUCUUCUCCGAAAACUACUUAUUUUCCUUCGUGUAACAGUAAUAGCAAUCUCAACUCUAUAAAUAACAUUUAAUUACAAAUACCCUCUCAAUAUAAUUCAUCAUAAAUAUCCUUGAAAUAAAAUUCGACUCCGAAAAUAUAAUAAACUUCUUUAUCUCAUUAAGUUUCUCCAAUUACUGAUAGAUAAGUUGGAACUUCUAAUUUAGUAAGAUUUUUUCCAAAUUCAAAAUCUUAGUAAAGCAGUAAGUUAAAUUCUCCUUUUGGAAGGUAACAGAAUGAGCAAAAACUUGUAAAUGAGGAAGUACCAUCAAAGGUUUAGACAAACAUUGAAGAUUAAUAGACUUUUUCAAAAAUUAAAAAAAUAAACGAUGACUAAACUAAUUCUUAAGGAAAUACUUAAAAUGGUUAGUAAAAUAAAAAAAUAAUCAGAAUUAUGUCUAAAUUAAGUAGCAGAGAUCUAAUGAGUCCAGAAGACAUGUAUCUCUUUUAGUAUAGUAACCCGAAGCAAAAUUCUUAAACUGUUAAGAAAUAUAACUCUGAACUUUAAACUUAAAGCUAAUUAACAAAAAGUAACUAUCCUGCAUUAUAUGAUUCUAAGUAAAAUUAGUAAAAGAAAUAAAUUUAACUGAAUGAUAAUGAAAGAAGGUUUAAUAGUUAACCAAUAAAUGCAUAACAGAAAUUUAUUGGUAUUCAAGCUCCUUAACAACUCUAGUAGUAUCACAAAAUUAAUUAAGCGCAGUCCAGUAAUUUAUUAAAUCACUAAACAUAUUUUAAUAAAUAAUAAAUAAAUACAAAAUAUUAGAGUGGAGCAGCAAAUAAAUCUGAACAAAAUAAACCGUAAAAUUACCAAUAACCAUCUGAUUCUACUUCCAAGCACAAAAAAGCAAAUAGCUAAAGUAAUGUAAAGGUUUAUAGAUUCUAAACAGAAGGGAAUAAUGAAGAAGCAUGGAAAAAUAUUUUAGCUAUUCAAUAAGACUUAAUUCCAAGACCAUCAAACGGUAGUAAUCAUAGAAGAAUAAAAACAUAAGCCUCUUCAAGUAAAACAUAGACUCCUCACAGAUGUAGCACAGAAGAAUUUUCUUAUGAAAACUUGUAGAAUUAGGGUAAAUUUUUAGAGUAUUGGCAAGGAUAUACUCAAGUAGAUGAUGAAGAGCAAUUUUAAGAUGAAACAACAACUCUCGAUGAAGAAAAUGUAUUUUCAGCGAGAAAAUACAGUAAAAGCAAUAAAAAGAAUGCAUCUUGGAAUAAUUUUGGUAUUUUUUCAGACUAAAGACUAGAUUCUUCAAAUAGCUAAGGGUAAAAAAAGACUUAAGUUAAUCAACCUUUUACAUUUAGCGAUGCUGAAUUAGAUAGAUACAUCAUUUAAAAAGACAUUUAAGAAGUUGUUUAUUUAUAAGAUUACUUUUAAAAUUAAUAUCCUAAAGAUUUCAUGAAUAGCAGAGAGUGCAGACAAAAUAUUUUUAAAAAAAUAACUUUUAAAAAAUAAUUAAACGAAGAAGAUAAAAACAUAAAAAAUGAUUAAUAUUCUGUGAAACCAAUUUAAGUGAAUCAAUUAAAUGACUAAAGUCAGAUUAGCGACCAAUAGAACUAAAAAGAUAAAAGAAUCAAACUCAAAUAUAUCAAUUCAAUUAUGUUAGAUAAUUCAAACAGUAACUGCAAACAGGAAGAUACAGACUGCGGUGUAUAAGCUGUUUCAUCGAAAGAUACUAAUUAUGAUAUGAUCAAAUCAUUUACUCACAGAAGUAGUAAGCAAAAGAGAAAUUCAUUUGACUUAUAAGAUAGAGGGAAAAUUAAAAAUUAUUAAAGUUAAAUAAUGAACUACACACCUAAAUUAAGACAAAAAAAAAUAUUAAAAUACUAAUAUGAAGGUUUUUCUUAGGCAUACUAAGAAAAUGAAAAAAAAGAUAUUUUUUACGAAUUGAAUAAUAAAAACCAAGAAGAGUAAUACUAAAAAGAAAACAUAGUUUAUGAAGACACUUCAUCUAACACUCCUAGCAACAGCUCUGAAAGCGAAUCACACUUUUUAAAUUAGAGUUAAACAAUAGAAGAGAAGAGUAAUGCAAUCAUUUAGAAGCAAUUUGUUUAAUUCUUUGAAGAAAAAUGGAAAGAAUACAAUGAUUUACAAUGUUCGAUUGAUUUUUAAAAGUAUCCUUAAUGGGUAAUAAGCACUUAGAGAUAGAGUAAAACCACAGCAAACAUCAUUUUUAGAACAAUUAAAAAUUAAUUAAGUUUUAGUGUAGAAGAGCUUUUUUUAUUUCCUGAUAACCUACUUAAUAGUAGCGGAAGCUAGCAAAGUUAGAAUAGAGAUAUUGAUAAAAGUUCUUUUGAGAAUAAUGUAAAGUCUAUCAGAGAAAAACUUAUUGUAUAAGUGUGUGAUACAAAUAUUACUAAUAUUCAAAAAGAAAGUUUUAACUAAUUUUAAUAUUUAACAUUUAGAAAUAGUAUAUUGUAAAGUUUGCAAGUCUAAACUAAUAUAAAAAAAAUACCUGUUUAAGAUAAGAUUACUACUAUUUGGCCAAUUGUACUUUGUGCACUUUUUGAUUAUUUGAAAAAAAACUAUAAGAUAUCAUUUACAAUACCUAGAAUCAAAAAUUUAAUAUUUUAAGGAACUUAAUGCAUAGAUAAGUCAAUUAAACUUUAAAAGACAAACAAGGUGUAGUUUUUUAUAGAAUAAAAUCAUUUAAUUCCGUUUGGAAUCGAUGCUAUCAGUGCUUCAUUAAUUUAGAUUAUGCUUGAUUAAUUAGUCAGGUUUCAUUUAAAGAAAAGCAGUAAACUGAACGGAAAUAUACUCUUUUUUGAUAAAAAUUAACAGAAUUACAUAUAGAAUGCAAAUAAAGUUAAAUAAGCUGUAACAAAAGUACAGCUUUUCUUAAUUUUUGAUCCACCAAUCAUCAACAAACCUAAGCAUAAACGUUCUUUUCUUAGACAAAGAUAAAAAAUAAAAUAAGCCAUUUAUAGCAUUUCUUAUCCUGAUGAAUAAGAAAAAGUUAAUAAUUUCUAUUGGUGGGAAAAUGCAUUAGGCCGAAUUACAAAUAUGGAAGACUCUGAAGUUUUAAUUAAUCGAUUUAAAGAGAGAUUUGUAAACAGUAGAUGGAGCUUUUUAAAAUUUUUGAGCAGACAAAACGAAAAUUAAUUUUACUUUGGAUGGAUAAAAAUGUUUUACAUACCAGAAAAUGGUGAAUUUGAAUCGAUAAAUCUAUUUUAAUAGCAGAGCAUAACAAAGAAGUUCUUUUUCUAAUUAUUUCUCUAAAACUAUUCUGAUAAGAAAAAAAAAAUGAGUAAAAUAUUUUCAUUAAAUGACUUCCUCUCUUUAUUUGAAGAAAAUCAGAAACCAAUUAUGAGUUUAGAAGAGUAUGUCAUGGAAAUAAUAUAAGAUAAGUAAUCCAAAUAUUAAAAUAUAUUUCUAUUAUAAUGCAUGCAGUAAGUUCUAUUAAGAUUAAAGAUAAAAGAGAGUUCAUUUUUUCUAGUACUUAAUAAUCCUUCCUUUGGUUUUUCUAAUAUUCCAACUAUAGUUUCUCAUUCAUUCAAAGGUAAAUCUAGCUAUAGGUGUUCAUAAAUAAUUGAAGAACCAAAAGAUGAAGAAGAAUAAGCAGAAGUUAAUUUAAAUUAACUAAAUAGUUAGAAACCUUAAAUAUUAGUAUAAGAUGAAAUUCUUACUAACCAGAUUGAUGAGCAAAUUCUAACAAAAAAUAGUUUCUUUGAAUCCUCUAAAAGUUAUUUACCUUGUACAUUUGCAUCAUACAUAUAUUCUCUUAUUCAUCAUUCUUUCCCUUCAUAAAAUUAGGUUAAAAAAAGAUAUAAUUUUUGGUUGUCUUCAGAAAAUCAAACUUUAAACAUAUUUGUAAGGAAAAUUAAAAGUGAAAAUAAUUAGCAUUAAAAUUAAUAAAAUUAAAGUUAAGUGCAUUUUGAUUUAAGUAAGAGUAAUAAUUUAACUGACAUCAAUUAUUAUAGGAGAUACAUAGAGGAUAUACCCUUAGAACUCAGUCAGGAGAUAUCUUUUAAGAACACAAGUAACUCAAUAAUCAUAAAUAAAAGCAAUAUUAGCAAUUAAGCUAAAGCAAGCUUUUAAUAAUAUGAAAAGGAUAACUUUUAGUCUUAACAUUCUCAAUAAAAUUCAAUUAUUUAAUCUGAUUUUAAUGAAAUUUCACCUAAAUCUAUUUAAAGAAAGGAAAGUGUUUAUUUACAGAAACAUCCAAAAUUAAAUAUCCCACAAGAGAAACACGAAAUUUAAAUAUUUAUUUAUUCAUUAAACCAAGAAGUGAUAAAAUGUGGAAGCACCCAAAAAAUUAGCACAUUUGAUAUAUUAAAUAAGAGAUAUUAAUAUAUUAAAUAAAUCUAACUACAUUUUUUGAGAAUUUAUCAGCUAAAAUGUUUAAAUAAAUAGUUUAGAUCUCUUAUUUCAAAUUAGGUAGGUGGUAAACAGAGUUAAUGGAAAACAUAAAGUUCCAUAAAUAGUUUAACUCUAAAACCGAUACCUUUUGAAAUAUUUAAAUAUUAGCUAAUCUUAAAUAAUACAGAUGAAAUCAAAAAAAUUAAGCCUUACUAAGAAUAUAUGUUUUUACAUAAAAACUCUGAAUUAGGUAAACUCAUCGUAAGAGUAACUGUCUAUGAAAACCCUCAAUAAUUGAAUUCUCUAAGCUAUAUCUUGUCUAUCUAACAAUACAAUUAUAAAAAUAAGCUAUGGAAAAUUAUUUUCAAUUCUGAAGAUUUGAGAAAAUACUUUUAACUAAGCAGUGAAUAUACUUUUCAUUCAGUAAACUCAAAAACCUCUGACUCUCAAUUCAUAAUCAGAACUGAAAAAAUUUGUAGAAUAGUUAUGGAUUAAAUUAUUCUAUAAAAGCAGAAUAUUUACACUUAACCAAUUUUUAAAUUCUAAAUUUAAACGAACAGUUAGCCUUCUCAUAUUAAUUCUUACUUAUACCAUAAGAACCAUUUUAUAGAACCUUCUUUUAAAGAUUCUGAUUCCUAAUGCACCUUCUAUUUAGAACAAUCUGUAAAGUCUACUAGAGUAGUAGCUCAUUUCAUAAUAAAAAGAUUUGAUCAAUACAUUAUUACAACAAUAUUAAGACACAUCAUUGUAGAUAUAUGGAUUCUCAAAUUAUAUUUACCACAUUCUCAAAGAAGAAGCAUUUCUUACUUUUCGACAUCUGAUCUAUCAAACCUUUUAUCAUCUGAUUUUAGACUUGAUUGGUUUAACCUUAAAAAUAAUAUUGCUACCAACUCUUAUCAUGAUUUUAUGAAUGUCUGUCUUGAAAAGCAAACAAUCCAAAAGAACGCGUUUAGAGAUAUGAUUUCUCAACCAUCUAGUAUUGUUUUAAAGAAAAGUACAAUUAAAGAAGCGCUUUUAUUCCAAAAAUACACCUAAUUGGAUGAAAUAAAAGAGUAAAGCUAAAUAUCCGAAGAAACUCCUAAUAAAAAAUAGCAAAGUGAAUAAAUUAAAUUGAUAAAAGAGGGCUUUACAAAAUAAAAGCAGCAAAGCUUUUUGAGAAGACUGCAAACAAAUAAUUUUGAAUAAGUAGGAAGAUUUUUAUAAAAAAACUAACCAUUCAUAUCAAAUUUAAAGAAAGUUUCAUAAGAAAUAAAUGAAUAAUUAAUUGAUUAAAUGAAUAAUAAUAUAGCCACUUUAUCAAAUAAAUUCAUCGAAAUAUCUGCAUGGGAAGAUAUUAUUUAGCAUUUAUAAAUAGUUUAACAAAACUCUUCAAUCUUCAUUUAGUUUAAGCUAUCAGAAAAGAUUUCAUUAUAUGAGUUUUUAGAUAUGAAGCUCACAGUCAACGAUAAAGGAAACUUUGUAUUUAUUGAAUACCAUCUAAUCCCACUUAAUGAUAAACCUCUUAACUUCAUGCAAGCUUUUUCAGAAAUCAAUUACUCAACUUCCCAAAACUAUGACAUCCUUAUGAGAUAUAGCUUUUAUGACAAGCUUAACUUUUUUUCUAAAAGAGUAAAUUUAAAAGAAGCCCUUAACUUAUAUAUUGCUGAUGGAUUUUACCAAUAUUAAAUGUCUUAUAUGCAUUCUACUUUACACUACAGUGACUUGCUUAAUAUUUGCAAAUACAUAACUUACAAGAUAACUUCUUAAAGUAUAGGUUCUAUUGUUUCAAUAGAUCAAGAAUUCAAGUAUUUAAAUGAAUCUAUUUUUUCCAAAUGA